CCGAGCAGUGCGCCUGCGUGCCGCCGCUGCGCAUGCGCAGAUGCUACGUGGCCCACGGCAGUUGGAAGGGGAAUUCAAGGAGACGUGGGCGACACGGCCUCGGGCAACUCCUCGGGUUCGGGGCUACCGCCGUCAUGCCCGGGAUAGUGGAGCUGCCCACUCUGGAGGACCUGAAAGUGCAGGAGGUGAAAGUCAGUUCUUCUGUGCUGAAAGCUGCGGCCCAUCACUACGGAGCUCAGUGCGAUAAGCCCAACAAGGAGUUCAUGCUCUGCCGGUGGGAAGAGAAGGACCCGAGACGGUGUUUAGAGGAAAGCAAGCUUGUCAACCAGUGUGCCCUGGACUUCUUUAGGCAGAUAAAGCAGCACUGUUCGGAGCCUUUUACAGAAUACUGGACCUGCAUCGAUUACUCCGGCUUGCAGUUAUUUCGUCGGUGUCGCAAACAGCAGGCGAAGUUUGACGAGUGUGUGUUGGACAAACUGGGCUGGGUGCGACCCGACCUGGGGGAGCUGUCAAAGGUCACCAAAGUGAAAACAGAUCGGCCUUUACCAGAGAAUCCCUAUGACUCAAGAGCAAGGCCAGAGCCCAGCCCUGAGAUGGAAGGAGAUCUGAAGCCCGCCAGACAUGGCAGCCGCCUCUUUUUCUGGAGCAUGUGAAGAUGGGUCCGUGGCCCACACCCAGUCAUGCACCCAGGCAGUGGGUGAUGAAAACUCUCCUGUAGUUUCAUCAACCGAUAGAGGGCUCUUUCCAGGAUCACAAACAUUAACAAAAACAUUAAUUUAUGUGACUUGGCAGUUAUUCUAUACCAUUUCCUGCCCAUUAAAAAAUUUAAAGGAAA